UCCGCUGCGCCGGGCAACGGACCGCAGACCUGCGCACACGCCGAGGCUUCGAUCCACGACAACAAUAUCGCACGCUCGCCCCGUCGUGGUCUGGCAACACCGCGUGUCCAGGCUCUCGAAUUUCGUGAAUAUUGCGACUAUUGUUUCGAGUGAUUGGACAGGAAGCCCGGACGAGUCCCGACGCCUGCCCUUGCUCGGUUGGCCCGUCGCGAUGCGAGGUGCCGAGCCCCCGCGUCGCGAACCACCGCACAUACCUCGCUAAGCCUAACGGCCCCCCGAGAUGCAGCAGCGUAGCAAGAUUCGUCGAGUCGUGGGCUCGGCUGCAGGGGCUCGCGCGCGGGGACCCGGCGCCCGCUUCUGAGCCCCGAAUGCAGGCGGACAAGGCGACCAUGGACUACAUCAACACCCUCAUGAUCGGAGCGCACCGGGAAAGCGUCGCGCUCCCAUCGCUCAUCCUCGUUCCCAACUUGGGCGAACUGGUGCACCAGUUGAAGCACGACGUUCACUACGUCGUAGCGCCCGACGAGGACGCCAAAGCCAAGACGGACAACGCCGAGGAUGACCUAGCCCUUGAGCUUUCCAAGCGGGACGCCAAAUCGCCGGACCCGAUUUUCGUUCCGGGGGACGCAAUCAAGGUCUCGGGGCUCGACUUCUUGGGGACGGGAGACUGCCCUGCGAUCAAGCACGACGUCGCCCUGGGCGCUGCAGACUACGCCGGAGUGCAGUUCAUCAAGGUGGAGACAUACGAAGACCAAAGCCUUAACUUGGAUGGAUUCACGGGAGAGUCUCCCCUCCUGCACGAGAACAGCAAGGACGUGGCCCUCAGCAACAUCAACCAGGACCCAUCCAUGCUUUUGGAUGAUCUCACCAAGCACAGCACAGCUUUCGAAGAGACGGCGGACAUGGCCGAGCUCUUUGCAUCUCCCCUGGCCGAACAGAACACGGUCCAGAGCAGCAGCAGUCCAACUGUGGACGCCUACCUACAAGACAAGGAAAACAAGACGGAACAAACGAAAGAAGGAAAGAGUGUGCAGGAAGAGGACAGAGAAGACUCGAAACAGGCGGAAUCUCCAGCCAUAUGCACGGCUACUCCGGGAAAGAGUCCAGGCGUCGACCUCAGCUCCCCCGUGGGCCUAAACGUCCUCCCUGUAGACUCUGUCAUCCUAGGAAAUUUCCUGUUGGUCCCAGAUGCAAUGUCGCCCGUCAAGUUCCAGCCAUCAGCAGCACCGGCCGAAACAGUGUCUUGUUUCCAGGUCCUCCACGAAGAUGGCACCACAAUCAAAGAGGUUAGCAUCAACGCCAUCUGCAAACUGGAAGGUGCCAGUCCGCUUGGCCGACAGCAGCCCAGCAGCAAGGCAAUGGUGGAGGCCCCCGUGCGAAAGAGCGACACUCCCAAGGCGUCACGACCCUUCCGGUGCGAGAUGUGCAGUGCCACUUUCAACCGCCUUGGCAAUUACACACGUCACCAGAAGAUCCACACAGUGCGCACCAAGGAGGACGAGCGGUUCCACUGCGACGAGUGCGGCAAGAGCUUCAUCCAGAGGUGCGACCUAACCAGGCACCUCCACGUGCAUGCCGGCACUGAGCCUCACCGGUGCUCGCUCUGUGGGAAAGGUUACAUCCGCCACAGCGACCUGGUCACACACCAGCGGUUCCACAAUAAAGAGAAGCCCUUCGGAUGCCCGCACUGCGCAAAGGGCUUUUCACAGAGAGGUGAUUUGAACCGACACUUGCGUUCCAUCCAUCUUCAAGUGAAGCCACUCAUGUGUGGCCACUGCCACAAAAAGUUUGCAAAGGAAGCCACACUCAUUCGGCACAUGCGCACCUCGCACCGAGAGAUGCUGCUCCAAUCAGUGCUCAAAGGGCGUUAACAGGUCAGUUGACCCAAAAAUGCAGAGCCUCAACAUCACUGGAAGCAACCGCCCCCAGGCCACCAACGCGCUCGGUGGUUCCUCUCUCAGGGCAGUGUUCAGAGGUUGUUUUCAUAUUCUCAAAAGGUACUCCGCAAAUGAACAAUAAUAGCACAGGCAGUGUUCGUGAAUGUGUAACUUGUUCCGCAGGUUGAAUGAUGGUGUAGUAGCGGCGUUGUUGGCAUGCGAGUUUGUUUUCUCAAUCCCACAUGUUAAUCCGUUGCAACGUCCUUCCGUCUUACCGGAGUCUCCCUUUAAUUUAUGCCGUUCAAAAACGGCAUUCCCGAAAAAAAUAUUCCCCUAUACAGAAGACGCGUAAAUUACGACGACCAUCUCGGAUUUGAGCUACCACGACGUAAUGACGAGCUGUCUCCCGCCACGAAACGCCAUCACCUUUCCCGGUCGCCCUCAGACUCCAAACCAAAACUGCCGGCAGUCCUGCAAUGGUUCGAGAAGGCGCGGUUGCUGGGAGAUGGACGUGUUACGAACGUCGCCACUGCUUUGCGAAGGCGUGCCAGUGCUUUCGGAAAUGACAAGCAGCACUUAACGUUUGCGGAUAGCAUGUUUUUUUAGCUGCACCAACGUUCGGAUUUUUCCAAUACCGAAGCCACUGAUUGUGUAUUCGAUUCAAAUUCCAAACCAAAUAUAUUCAAAUAGUUCCAAAGCCGCACGUGCACGCCCAAAAGCGACGCAAAAUUUAUUUUAAAAAGCAAGCAUUGCUUCGUACGAGGAUUGGCAUGAUAAGCUGUCUUUGGGAAAGACUGGAGAAAUUAAGGAAUGUGAAGAGAACGGUUGUAAGCGAACAACUGGCUUUUACUGGCAAGCCAAGGAUAAAACGUCUUUCAAAGCUGCUCGUAACAAUAUGCUGUACGUGCAUUCGGUUACAUUCGGGGCUGUUACUCUGUUGUAGUUGCUUCGGUCUUAAAAAGACUACACGCACUGGUAUUAAGUCACUUAAAAACGUGAAAUAAUUCUUCCUCCACUUUCCAAUCACCGCAGAAAAAGGGCCUCAACUACUGGCCGGAAGAUCCGAUAAGACGGAAGAGAGUUGCCCUGUUGUAUUUCCAAUACACGGCUGUGUGCUGGUUCUUCUUUUUCUAGCAUUAGUUGAAAAGCUGCCUUCGGUAGAGGGUAUUACGCGGCAAGUCGACCGACUUGUCCCUGUGAUCGGCGCCGAUGGGCGCCUCGCAAAACUCAUGUCUUCCAUUUCACAGAGGUAUCGAAAAUGCCUUCUCGGUGUCUGUAACUUCUGGCUGAAUUUAGACGAGAGUUAAUGUAUUUUUGCUGUACAAGCGGACACUUCUUUAGCCUGUCCUUUUGUGUGUCUGUCGAUGUAAGUCAACUUCAAUGUUUCACAAUGAAAACCAGGGCUUCCGCUAGUGUGUUCUCUUUGAGUCUCAUAAACACAAGAUCAUCUUCGGUUCUACGUAUAUAUACCACGAGGGGGAGUGCGAUACGUCGUUGACCCACAGCUGUGUGUUGUGAUUGGACAGAAGAGCAGUGUGUCCAGGUUAUAAACAGUUGUUUCUUCGCUUCCUCUAGUAGCUACUUACCUUUCGAUGGUUCAAACUUGGCACAGAGUCUCAUUUUCAGCUUCAGCGUAAAAGCGGUUGCAACUAUAUAGUCGGGAGUUUGCAAUAUUGCACAUCUAGUGAUGCCGCGGCAUGCAAUGGUUCGGGAAAUACAUGUCGACGAAAAAUUAAACUCGUCCUAGUCACUUUAUCACAAAACGAAGUCCCAUUCCAGGUUUGUACCACUUCACGAGUUAAUGCAGAAAAGGAGGCUUUGUGCCAAGUUUGAUCAUCGAAAUGGAAGGUAGACAUUGCCAAGAAACAAUCGUUUAUCUUUGGACAUCACGUAAGUCGCAGAUUCUGGCUGCUAUGGACCUCAGUAUCUGUUUCGAUAGCAGGGUGUGCACAGUUCAGAUGUGAGCGGGAGGCUGAAAUAAUGGGCAAUGUAGACAGGGUGUCUUUUCUUUAAUAAGGGUAAUUUUUAAGGGUAAUUUUUUCUGGAUUUUUGAUUAAAAAAGGCUAUGAGAGCAGCAUAGAUGCGGUUGAGGUAUUGCGACCAGGCAGACAUCCUCACGAAGACA